ACCGAAACUUCAAAAAAGGCACAAAGCGGCCAUCGAAGCAAUUUGCAAGAGCCAAGGGCCUCGCCGCCGUUCUUGUCCUACUUCGACCGUCGUCGUCGUUCCUGGAGGUGUCUCGGAUCCCCAUUCCGACAUGGCAGAUCAGUACACUCUUGGUUGGAUCUUUUGCUCUGGUUUGCUCGCCUUGGUUGCCCUCUACAAUUUGGUCUUUGCCAGGAAAAGCCGCAUUGUUUCUGCCGUCGCUUCACCUCAGUGCAUGGCUAGCAUAACCACUGCUGCCGGAGAAUGCAGAUCGAUUGACAGAAGCAGCGGUAAGAUUGACGUCAUUAUCGUCGGAGCUGGGGUUGCUGGCUCUGCCCUGGCGCACACUCUUGGCAAGGAUGGACGGCAAGUACAUGUCAUAGAAAGAGAUUUGAGUGAGCCCGACCGAAUUGUUGGGGAGUUGCUACAACCUGGGGGCUAUCUCAAACUAAUUGAGCUGGGGCUUGAAGAUUGUGUGCAGGAAAUUGAUGCUCAGCAAGUGUUUGGUUAUGCUCUGUACAAGGAUGGAAAAAAUACUCGACUCCCUUAUCCAUUGGAGAAGUUUCACUCAAAUGUUUCUGGAAGAAGCUUUCACAAUGGGCGUUUUAUUCAGAGGAUGAGGGAGAAGGCUGCCUCCCUUCCCAAUGUACAAUUGACGGAAGGAACAGUUACUUCCCUACUUGAAGAGAAUGGGACAAUUAGAGGUGUGCAUUACAAGACUAAAGAUGGCCAAGAAUUUUCAGCUUAUGCUCCUCUUACCAUUGUUUGUGAUGGGUGUUUUUCAAACUUGCGUCGUUCUCUUUGUAAUCCCAAGGUAGAAGUUCCCUCCUGUUUUGUUGGUUUAAUUUUGGAAAAUUGUGAACUUCCAUAUGCAAACCAUGGCCAUGUUAUCCUAGCAGAUCCUUCGCCAAUUUUGUUUUAUCCUAUAAGUAGAACGGAGAUUCGCUGUCUCGUUGAUGUACCUGGUCAGAAGGUUCCUUCAAUUUCGAACGGUGAAAUGACUAGGUAUUUGAAGACAAUGGUAGCUCCACAGAUCCCAUCUGAGCUUCAUGAUGCCUUUAUAGCCGCGGUGGAGAAAGGCAAUGUGAGGACAAUGCCAAACAGAAGCAUGCCGGCAGCCCCUUAUCCUACUCCUGGAGCCCUUCUGAUGGGAGAUGCAUUCAACAUGCGCCAUCCUCUAACUGGGGGAGGAAUGACUGUGGCAUUGUCUGAUAUAGUUGUGCUCCGGAAUCUUCUCAAGCCUUUGCGUGACCUAAACGAUGCAUCCACGCUUUGCAAAUAUCUCGAGUCCUUUUAUACAUUGCGGAAGCCAGUGGCAUCCACUAUAAAUACGUUGGCGGGAGCCCUGUACAAGGUAUUUAGUGCAUCUCCUGACGAGGCGAGGAGUGAAAUGCGCCAAGCAUGCUUUGACUAUUUAAGUCUUGGAGGUGUAUUCUCGGAAGGACCAAUUUCGUUACUUUCUGGAUUGAAUCCCCGCCCCUUGAGCUUGGUUCUCCAUUUCUUCGCUGUUGCAAUAUACGGUGUUGGCCGUUUGCUGAUUCCAUAUCCCUCGCCCAAUCGGGUUUGGAUCGGAGCACGAUUGAUAUCCAGUGCUUCAGGAAUAAUCUUCCCCAUAGUCAAGGCUGAAGGAGUUCGCCAGAUGUUCUUCCCUGCAACUGUCCCAGCUUAUUACAGAACACCUCCGUCUAAACAGGAGUGAAUAUGGGCGAAACUUAUCUGUAAGUCAAGGUUCUCUCAAAACGUGUCUUUUCACUAUUUGAUGCUUCCAGGCUUGAGUAAUCCUUCUGUAUUUGAUGCAUCUUAUGGCUCCUUUCCGGCAAAUUUAACUUCGGAUCUUGUCCAUCCGGGCAUCCUCCAUUUCAUAUUAUCUCUAUGCUGAUUACUAGCUCA